UGGAAGAGGGCUUCCUCUGUUCACUCUGACUUGGCACCUCCUUCUGCACAGAACAUUUCGGAAGUCAGAGGGAGGAGGAUAUUCAGAGUGAGGUGUUGCCCUCGUUGAGGAUUUGGAAUCCCCUGGGCUUAACAGGGAGUGGGGAGGCAUUCCCAGAAGCAUCAGCUCCUGGGCAUCUCCAGAACCCUGGCCUGGACGCUGACCAAAGGAUGCCCCCAACUGCUGAAUAGACCAGGGCUCCCCUUUCUCUAAAGCCUGCAUCCCUCCCUCUGGGGUGCGCCCUGCCCCUCCCUGAGUCACCCCAGGGAGAGAGAGGGGGAAAAAAGGGAAGAGAAGAGAGGCAUUGACUACAGAGGAAGGAAAAGGAAGCAGAGCAGAGGGAGGAGAGAGGCCACACAGGAGGAGACAGAGGAGAGUGGAGAGGGCAGGUCUAGGGCAGGCCCAGGGCAGGAGGAGAUCGAGAGAGGGCAGGCCGAGCACCCCAAGGGGCGCCCCGAGAGCAGGCGGGGCGGGGAGCCGAGGGGGCGGGCCGGCCAUGUCCCACGGGACCUACUAUGAGUGUGAGCCCCGGGGCGGCCAGCAGCCACUGGAGUUCUCAGGGGGCCAAGCCGGGCCCGGGGAGCUGGGGGACAUGUGUGAGCACGAGGCCUCCAUCGACCUCUCCGCCUACAUCGAGUCCGGGGAGGAGCAGCUCCUCUCCGACCUCUUUGCCGUGAAGCCUGCGUCCGAGGCCAGAGGCCUGAAGGGCCCUGGAACCCCUGCCUUCCCCCACUACCUGCCUCCUGAUCCGCGGCCCUUCGCCUACCCCCCACACACCUUCGGCCCGGACAGGAAGGCGCUGGGGCCUGGCAUCUACAGCAGCCCGGGGAGCUACGACCCCAGGGCUGUGGCGGUAAAGGAGGAGCCUCGGGGGCCCGAGGGCAGCCGGAGUGCCAGCCGAGGCAGCUACAAUCCCCUGCAGUACCAAGUGGCACACUGUGGGCAGACAGCCAUGCACCUGCCCCCGGCCCUGGCAGCACCUGGCCAGCCGCUGCGUGUUCUCAAGAAGAGGAAAUGCCUGCUGACCGUAGAACAGGAGACCCGAGACAGAUUGAACGACAGUGUCUGCGGAGAGUGUGAGAACACGAAAGGGAGUGUGGUCUCAAGCAGAGGACCCCGCCCCUUUGGCCACCGCCGCAGCCCCCUGCAGUCCCCUCCUCAAGGCGCCCUCCCCAGCUGGCCCCAUGCACAAGGGCAAGAAGGCAGUGAACAAGGACAGCCUGGAGUACCGGCUGCGGCGGGAGCGCAACAACAUCGCCGUGCGCAAGAGCCGUGACAAGGCCAAGAGGCGCAUUCUGGAGACGCAGCAGAAGGUGCUGGAGUACAUGGCAGAGAACGAGCGCCUCCGCAGCCGCGUGGAGCAGCUCACCCAGGAGCUAGACACCCUCCGCAACCUCUUCCGCCAGAUCCCUGAGGCAGCCAACCUCAUCAAGGGCGUUGGGGGCUGCAGCUGAGCCUGGCUGGCGGACUGUGGGCACCAGGGCCCCCCACCCUGCGGGGCCCUAGAGCCCUUCACAGGCUGAGCCUGAGACAUAGACCAUGGACAAAUGGCAGAGGGGUGGCAAGGGAGGAGGGCAGGACCCAGCAUAAUGAUUCUGUGGCUGAAUAAAAUUGCACUGUGACUCA